UCAAAUACAUCUAAAACACAUAAACUUAGUUUCGAUUAUUUAAGGAAAUUGCAUAAUUAAAUGGAGGCAAAGAAAUCUAUGGUGAAGUUGGUUGCUUUCUUGCUAAUUCUUGCAUCAUGCUUUCAAUCCCUUACUGCUCGAGAUUUGGAAAUGGAAGUGAGUGAUGGCUUAAAUGUCUUGCAAUUACAUGAUGUGUCUCAAUCAUUUUGUCCAGGAGUGACAAAGGAAAGUUGGCCAGAACUUCUUGGGACACCAGCUAAGUUUGCUAAGCAAAUAAUUCAGAAGGAAAAUCCAAAAUUAACAAAUGUUGAAACUCUACUGAAUGGUUCGAGUUUUACAGAAGAUUUGAGAUGCAAUCGAGUUCGUCUCUUUGUUAAUGUAUUGGACAUUGUUGUACAAACACCCAAAGUUGGUUAAAGAAAAUUGAUGUUAUGUACCUACCCUCCAGAAAAAUAAAUUGGAGCUAUAUGGUUAAUGGUUCCACUAUAUUUGGAGAUAAAUAAUCGUGGCUUUUAUAUUAA